CCCUCAAGUCUCCGGUCUCGAACUCUCGAUCCUUCGAGAAACCCGCUGACGCCGCCGCCCCCCGCCGGCCGCACCCGUCCAUAGACGGCUAGGACAAAAACCGCGGCCAAUCUCCUCUCUCUUCUCUCCCGCUACUACUUAUCGUCGCCCUCGCCGCGCCGCUCAGAUCUCCGGCCGCGCCUUCGCGUGAUCCCCCAUUGGAGGGGAUCCGGCCUGCGUGGGCGCACGAGGACUUGUUUUUAUCAAAUGACUGGCGAAAUGCUUUCCUGGUGAUGUAUGGGUAUGAUUUGGGUGUUGUUUAUAAUGCAGUUGGCUUCUCAUGGCACUCAAGCAGAAGAAACAAUGCAGUUUGUACACCAUUGUGAUCACACAGAUCUGUCAGAUUCACAGCCAAUAAGUUCACAACUAAACACUGUAGAGAGAUCCACAGAAUGUCUAGCCUCAUGUGAAAUCAAGCCAGUUAGCGUUGACAGUGACAAUGAAAAUAUUGAUGCCAAUGAAGAAACUCACCUUGUUAUUCAAGACGUUCCUCAAUGCCGGAUUUGCCUUGAUAAUGAAGGCGAUGACUUGAUUGCGCCCUGCCGUUGCAAGGGAACACAGAAGUAUGUCCAUAGGUCCUGUCUUGAUAACUGGAGAUCGACAAAGGAAGGUUUUGCAUUUUCACAUUGCACCGAGUGUCGAGCUACAUUCUUGCUUCGUGCAAAUGUUCCUCCAGAUAGAUGGUGGUUAAGGUUGAAGUUUCAACUUCUGGUUGUUAGGGAUCACACCUUGAUCUUCUUUAUUGUGCAGCUGGUAGUUGCUUUCUUGGGUAUGGUGGUAUACAGAUUUUAUGGAGAUGAACUGCGGGAAAUGUUUGGUUAUGAAGAGCACCCAUAUGCUUUCUACGCCAUGGCAAUUUCUCAAAUUGCAGUAUUGGCUAUUGUUUUGGUUGGUUUGCUGUACGGGUUCUUCAUUGCUAUAAUAUGUGGGCAGAGGAUAACAGAACGUCAUUACCAUGUUCUUGCAAAGCAAGAGCUAACCAAGGAGUAUAUUGUAGAGGAUCUUGAAGGAGCUGAUCAAUUGCCAGACCUUGAUCCUAGCCAUGUUACAGAGCUGAAGGUAUUGGGACUCUAUUGAACAUAGCUGCAUAUGACAUCAGGUAAACAUCGAUGGUGAAUGAGGGAAAAGCAUACCGGAAACAAAUCCUAGGUUGAUGUUGCAAGAAAUACAUACUUCAUUUCCCACUUCAGCCGGAGACAUAAAUGGGCCUUUGCGUAGCCCAUAAACUCUCAAAAAGCAAAUCUCUUGCUCGUUUGAAGCAGUUAGAAGAUUCUUUGUUCUCAGUGUAGGCUUGAUAGCUUUCAAUCAAGAUAAUGGCAUUAAUUAUCACACAUCUCAACAUACGAGAAAGAUUAUGAUAGAAGUGCUAGGGUGCCGGUCUGAAUGGACAUUUUUGUAAAGUAGUAGCAUAUUUCUAUUAUUUCUUUAUUCAGGUUCAUAAUAAAUACAUAACAGCUAAGAUGCAAAGGCGCUGUUCGUUUGUACGUGCCUUGCAAAAUUUAAAUUGCCAAACUUGCAAUCUUUUGCAUUUGAUCA